AUGGGUUAUACUAAACUUAGUGCUACAAUCGUCCAUGAAUAUCCGAGCCUCCUUCGUACAUGGUGGUCGAACAAGAACCUACAAUACGACGUUGUCAUGAGCCCCAUCAUUAUAAUAAUCAACUUUGCAGCGAUCGUGCACAUGAGAACCCACAAGAUUCCCUUUAACAACGAGGAUCUAGUUACUUUGAUGAUAGUCUUCUUAAUUUUAUACAUCGCUACCUGCUUCGUUAGUUUCCUCUUGUGGUUUGCGGCAAUCGAGGAUGUCAAAGAAUCUGAAGCAGCCUUAUACGUAGGACGUAUCGCUCAUACCUUGGGCUUCGGCCUUUUCCUCGAACUCCUCUAUUGUAUUUCUCCGCACUUGGCUCUACGCUACGGUGUUCCUGGUUUGAUAUGGUUUGUAGCCACCAUGGUUGCACCGUGUUGUCCCUCUAUUAUAGGCUCUAUAUGGAGAGGUCUAUGCCAAGCAGUGCAAGAUAUAAGAGAAUGGUGGAAGCAUGUGAAUCAACCACGAUCGGUAGUUGUUUAUGUUUGA